GCACAGUUCUGCGCAGGGCGGAAGUUAGUACCAGAACCGCGUUGCUAAACCUCUAGACUUUGUCUUAGUUAGCAACAGUUUCUUGUUGGAUUUCAGUAAUCACCACAUCACCACCGAUAUUGCGUCCCCUGUUGGAAGUAGGGAUUGUAUUUUUAAUAUGAAUUUGAAUGAAUUUGGAGACGCAAGUCAAGAGGACGUCCAUGAAGUUAGGCAAGUUAUUCUUGGAAAUCAGCUGUUACUAGAAAUGGUCUGCCGCCCACUAGACCGACCUCACCGUAUCAUAUGCUAUUGGCCCCAUUUGGCUAAUCAUCUCAUGGCACCACGUCUGCUGCAAGACCAACUACAUGCCAGUUCUUCACACAGCCCGACAGAAAGACUGUGUCAACAUCUGGCUGGCACAGAAAUAAAAUUAAGUGAGAUCUGCACUGCACUUGAAAAAAUAGGCCGUAAUGAUGUCAAACAGGUGAUUGAGCAUCAUAUAAAAGAUCGAGAUUGCUACCUUGAUGAUGAUUCUAUCGAAAAAGUCUCAUUUGAGGGAACAUCCCUUUUUAAAUUUAUGGCUUCCAAACUAGAUGCGAAGUAUUGGGAAAACCUGGGGCGUGAACUAGGAGUCAAAAGUCAGAAAUUGAAGCUGUUUGGUCAAAAGAAUAAUCCAAGUGCAGGAUUGUUUGAGGUUCUUUUUGUGGAACAGCCUGAAUUGAAGCUGGAGGAUUUUUUUAAACUGACGUGUCUAAAAGAUCGUCAGGACAUUCCACGAUUAUUUAAAAAAUAUAAAUUGGGAGAUGCUCUGAAAUAUGCCAUAAAUCAUAUGGCUGAACGAGAUGAAGAAUCGCUGGAAAAACUAUAUGCCGGCCUCAACCUACAAAAUCCUGUAACAAAGAAUUGGGAAGAUGUUGCGGUCGAGCUCGGGAUAAGUGUGGAAGAGUAUAGAGCUCUCGAUCCCCAAUCACCUAAAAGUCCAACACAGCAGUUACUGGAGUGGAAAUGCAACAAAGAUCCAAACUUUUCCGUAAAGGAACUUUGCGAGAUGUUGGAAAAGAUGAAAAGAAAUGAUCUCAGACAAGAAAUCGCAAAACAUCUGAAACAACACCAUCUCUACCUGGGUUUGACAUAGACAGGGGCGUAGCCAGGGGUUGGCACAGAGCCCCCCCCCCCCUUCUAGCAGCCAAAAAUACAGUAAAUGUAUGAGACAUUUUCUACAAUACAGGAGAAAAUGCCUUAAAGGGCCUAUUGGGCCCCCUCCUGUUGAAAAUCCUGGCUGAUAGCAGAGUACCAUUAAAAUUAUAUUCUUAUCAUCACUUUAGCCUACUAUUAACCAAUGCAUGUACUGGGUUUCUGGGCCACUGGUUAUCCAUAACUCUAAUACAUAGUUUGUCUCUACGAGAUUUCCAUUUCUUUAGGUUAGCGACUUACAGGGCGGCCUCAUAGCCCAUGAAUGAGUACAGAAAAUAAAAAAUAAAUUUAAAAAAAAUUACACAAAAAAUGUAUUUUUUAUAUGCACUAACAUUCACAUGGCUUCAGAUACCAGGCUUCUUGUGUGCAACCUUGUAUACAAUAGGCUUUAUUAUGUAAAGGCUACUUUUGUAAGGGCUUUUUUUUAUAGAUUUCUUACCUUAGCUGAAAUUUUUGUAGUAAUAUUAAGUGCCAUCUUUGCAAGGACGAAUUUUCUUUUAUAGGUUCUUUUAUGUUUUAUAGUUCUUAGGAUAUUUAUAGAGAUAUAGAUGAUUAGGUCUGUCUUCUUUACGCAAUGUAAAAAAUGGUUAGAUUGUUUUUACAUAAAAAUCAUGAAUCAUACAAUAAAACAAUACUGUCUUUA